AUGGGCUCCAAAUCUGUAGUGUUACCUGCCAUGGUCGUCAUCGCCAUGGUUCUCAUGUUUGCAGCUUCUGCACAAGCACGACCCUACGGUGAUGCAUUGCCUGACAUCGCCCAUGAAGAUGGUGUCCUCAUCAACCAAUCCGACGAUGGCGCAUUUGACCUCAACCAAGCCGGCGCCACAUUACCUGUCUCACAAGAAGUCACCGCCGGGUUUGCCCUGGAUGGUGAAAGACCAGCAGUUUUAACAAGCGACGCCAAUGCAGGUUUAAGCGCACACUUUUAA